AAGUGUGAUCGGAUCUGGGAGGAAGGGGGGGUGGGUGGUAGGAAAGAGUACAUGGGAGGCCAAAGUGGGAGCUGACAGAGGAAAGAGCAAGCGUGAAAGUCAAGCAGGGAGGCAAAGGAAAAGCGCAUAAGCUGGCCGGCACAUAUUUGAAAGAUGGCGAUAGACUCUCACAAAGGUCAAGACCUGGUCUACACCAAUGCCCCAGUGUUCCCACCAUUCAGUCUGUCUCAAUCUAAUGGGGUUAUGAAAAAUAAAAUGUGUGAACCUGGAAACCACUUUGUUCCUGUGGAGAAUAAGAACAGCCACUGGGUCAAAUUACUCCUCAAUGGGACUGCCACAGAGAAAAAAGAGAGUUCCGCCAUGGGAAUCUCCAUCAUAGCGCAACCUGAAUGUGAGAAUAAUCCACAGAUAUGCCCAACUUCCCAAGAAGGUCCUAUGUACAACCAAGACUCAAAACAGUACAGUCUGGCUGAAAGCAUCGAGCACAUCCCAAACAAUGUAGUGCAUUCUACAGAGGGUAAACCAGCACAGCCGAAGCGAUUUAGCAAAAGUAAAAGGAAGAGGCGUAAAAGGAGCAUUAAGGAAGACGGCCAGAAGCCAGCCAAAAGAGGCCAGACCACUCCAGAACAGGAAACACUAGCUCCAGUGCCCGUACAGGAUGAUGAAUCUCAAUCAAAGCCAUGGGGUGACAUACUGGACUAUUGCUCCAAGCAGCAGAACAGCAGGAAAAAUAUUGGUUAUCGACCUGAGAACAUACAGCCAAUUGAUGGCAACAAAAACUGUCUUCACAAGCUCAUCAGCCCAUUUCAGUCUGUGUAUCACAUGGGAGGUGGAAAACUGCAGCAGCCUAGUUCUCCGUAUUUCAAUGAUCGGCUGUCUGGAAUUAUCAGUACCUUGGGACUAGACGGCUGUGAAGACAAAGUCAACACACAGUGGAGCUAUGCUAAGCUCAUAGACUCCUGCACAGACUCAAAAACCCAUUCUGUGGAAGAGGGGGUGUUGUUAGCUCUGAGGGGAAGUGUGAGCGUUGACAAACCAGACAAGCUGUGUCUAAUCGCUAAGGCCUGGGAGAAAGAUGAUGAUGACUCAGAGCCUGUGGACAAUGAGGGGAUCUUGUUCAAAGAGGGAAUGAUUCCUGAAGAUUAUGAAUAUCGAGAAGAUAUCCAUUGGGACAAAUCUGGAGAUGUUCUAGGCAGUGGUGCUUUUGGGGAUGUUUACUUGGGAAAGGACAAGACAUCUGGAUUUCAAUUUGCAGCCAAAAAGAUCCCUGUUAACAGAUUCAGAUCUCAGGAGUUGACCUGUUGCCUGUCUGUGAAUUCUGAAAAAAUAGUCCCAGUGUACGGGGCAAUCCGAGAAGGACCCUGGAUCACUGUGUUUAUGAAGAUGUUGAAUGGAGGCUCUCUGGGCCAGAUGAUCAAGAGACGUGGCUACCUAACAGAGGACAGAGCUCUCUAUUACUUGUCACAAGUUUUGCAGGGCCUCAAACAUCUCCAUACUGACAGAGUAGUACACGGAGAUGUUAAAGCUGACAACGUUCUGCUGAGUGAAGACCGUAGCACAGCAUACCUGUGUGACUUUGGGCACGCUGCUCACCUCCCUCCUGGUAGCUCUGGCAUGCAUCUAUUGACAGCCAACUAUGUACCAGGUACUGAGACGCACAUGGCCCCUGAAAUAGUGCGCGGGGAUCCCUGUGGCACAAAACUAGAUGUGUGGAGUGCAUGUUGCAUGCUUCUCCACAUGCUAAAUGGAUGGCACCCAUGGAGCCGCACACACACUUCACCCCUAUGUCUGAAGAUUGCUACAGAACCUCCACCUUUGCAGGAGAUUCCUCCUAGUAGCCACCCUCUAACCUGUGACCUUAUAAUGGCCGGAUUACAGAAAGAUCCAAAUAACAGAGCAACAACUUUGGAGCUCAAACGCCGAGUGGAUGAGGCACUAACAACAAUUGGAGGCCUGAGCUCUCCAUGUGAAUCAGAAUACAGGGAACCCAGGAAUUUUCCGUCAGCCAAAAAAGAACCUGAGACCACCCAGGCCAAACCCAAGCUGUUUCCUGAAGAACCUGGACCUGUGCUUAGCCAGCAUGUCAAAAACAUAACCCAAGACUCUUCUUUCACAACAAAUGUCAGAAGUGUGGAAACCAGAACCUCAUGUGAAAUGGAGAUUGAACGUCUAGAAAUAGACCUGUACAGGGAGAACCUUACACAACUAUUCUCUCCUGAGGAUACCCAGUUUUUCAGCAAGGACAGCCUGCAUCCACUGCUCAGUGGCAAGGAAUCUAUGAACACUUUGGACACUGGAAGUUCUGGGAUCCAUUCAUGGGACAGCCAGAUGGAAGCUUGGAGCUUACAAAGCGACUCCCUGUUCAGCGGGGGAAGCACAACCACCCCUAGUUGGUUCAAUGGGGUAAAAGUACAAUUGCAAACUUUCAGUGGCGAAACACUGCACAUCUGGGAGUCUGGCAGAACCAAGUUGGGAGACCUGGCCGUGGGCAUCAGCAGUCAGAUCCCAAUCAAACCAUUCACUAUAGUAAAUUCAGAUGGAAAUCCCAUCCCGUGGAAGACAGAUAUUGCAGACUGCGAUAUUGAACUGAAAUGUUCCUUAGCUCAAGACCGUGGAGGCACCUGGCUCUGGAGGGUCAGGAAGGGGAAGAUAGAAGAGGGCCAUCUGGAGGUGGCAGAUACUGGUGGAGGAAGAGAUGGUUCAAUCAUCCUUAUACCAGAGUGAUCACUGCAUAUAUGGACCUUAUACUGUUUAACAUACGUCUUGCAGAAAGGCCUCUCAUACA